AUGUUUAGAUCACUUCCACGACUUUCUGUUCAUGAUGUAAAAGACAAAACUGUUAAAACAGCAAUUGGUGAUAUAAGAGAAACUAAACGGACAAAUAUUUACAGAGUGAUUGUUAAAAUAUCAAAUCCUUUCAAUGUCCUAGAGAGUAUACCUUGCCUUAACUUAGAAAACCAAUACAACAUCAGUGACGUCAACACCCGAUGUUUUCACGUUGUUUGGAACUCUUCAAUAUACCAUGAUCAGAGAUAUCCUGCAGGAUGCAAGUUUACAUCUGAUACACUACUAUCUGGGACUGUUAUUGGUUGUAAAAGAGGGCAACCAUGUCAUUUCUAUGCAUACAUUGCUCUGACAAAUGCAAUAUGUCCAACUAUGCAUACAAACAAUUCCUUCACAGGCGUGUUUCCACCGACAAUAUAUUCCAAUAACUCUCUUUGCACUUAUGACAUUGUGUUUACAGACACAGCCUCAAUCGGCCAGAAAACAACCUGCAUAAUGCCAUGCAACAGUGGGGAAGUAAGAUGUUACACUUUGAAUGUGAAUGACUUGUAUGACAUGUGUUCCCCCAACCCAUGCCUCAAUGAUGGUGUCUGUCAGACCACGUUAGAUGGUAGAGUGAAAUGCCACUGCAGUAAUGAUUCAGUUACUGGAAGAUUUUGUGAGAAAGGCAGGCCUUUAGUUGUCCCUGGAUAUUUAGAUCCCUCGAUGAAGAUCAUGAAGUUAGAGCUGACAGACGCUGAAUCACGUAGUGCUAUUGUCCAUGGAAUCCUAGAGGUGAUUGAUAAUACCUUGGGAACAAAAACAAUAUGUCUGGAUUCAGUUGAGAGCUCGAGAGAUGCUAGGAUCGGAGAUGAAACAUGUUUUGAAGUGCGUGUUGUCACAGGUCAUUAUUACAGAGAAUUUAGUAAUUAUCCUCUAUUUCUGAAGCCUACACUUGAAGACAACAGUACAGUCCAGUGUUUGGUAGGGAAAUACUGUCAUUUACAUCUGUGGACUUCAAAGUUAUUAACCAAAACCAAUUGUCCAGUUCUAAAAUCUGACGAAAACUUUGAAAGCGGCGUGUUCAUUAUUCCUCCAUUAAAUCAAACUCUAUUUCCUUGCAUGUAUGACGUUGUACUAAGAAUGGAUCAACCAGCCAACAAAUCUGUCUGCUUUUCACUAAAUGACGGAAUGUUCAUCGAGAAAAGAUGCUACAUAAUUAAAUUUUCCUUGUCAUUGAGUGUGAAAGGGUCUUGUGCUCAAAAGUCGUGUAGUAAUGGUGGAUUCUGUGAUGGACAUGAAGACACAAGGAAGUGUUUUUGCCGAGCCGGGUUCUCUGGUGAUAGCUGUACUACUGAGUUUGGUAUCCCCCAAGAGAUGCAUACACAGAAUAUACAAUAUCCUCUGCUUGGAAAUGUACUUCUACCAAAAAGAAUGAAUUGUCCUUUGAAUGAGGAGUGUCAAAUACAGCUUCUAAUUACUGGAAAAACGGGAUUUUACAUUACUACUAGCACUGACCCUUCAAGUGUAGCGGUCAAGGAAAUAAAGGAGACUCGUGUAUCUAAGGAUUUCCUCACAAUAAUAACAGUUGUCAACAAGAAAACUGGCUCUCAUCAGCUCUGUGUGGGCAUUUCUCCUGAUAAAUACAGUAUCGAAACAGACAAAGUUUGUUGCAGUAUCUCCACCCAAAACACAGAUUAUAUUACCUGUCAGGAUGUCUCCGUUGACGACUGCAGCGAUCCAGCAGCACUCAAUAAUAUUUGCUCAGAUCCAACCACGGCUACAUUCUGUAGAAAAUCCUGCAAUCUCUGUCACAACAUACCUACAACUUUGAAAAAUACUGACAAGCAAUUAUUUAUUGGACCAUCUCCAACAAAUGUGUCACUUUUCACAUGCUCUGCAGACGUUGAUUGCCACAUAUUGCUUUAUCUAAAACGAGGCCACAACAACUUAUGUCCUGAGGUUUCCGCCCGUCCAGUACCUGGAAGUACUGUGCACAUUUUUAGAACUUCUGACUGUGAUAACUGUUCCGUGGAUAUUCUAAUCCAUACUUCUAUCUCCCGCCCAACACAGAGGGCACAGCUUUGUGUCGAGGCAUCGGACUACAACUCUGGACUGGACGACUUAAGAUGUUACUUUGUGGAUUACGAAAUACAUGCAUCAAGACGCCAAACAGUGAGUGUUGCACAUACUACCACAUCGACAACACUACGAACGAUGCAGGUUAACCUUGGGAAUGUGAUUGGAUAAUUUAAGUAAUAAAACUAAAAA